AAGCCGACCCUUCUGCGCGAACGCAACUCUCGAUACCGAAAGCUCUACAAACACUUGUCGCAAAACUUUCCUUUUUGGAUUUUAUUCUGUUUUAAAUUUUUUUUUUUUCAAUCAACAUCAUGACGAUAUUGAUGAACGGCGAUAUCAGUCGCGAAUUAUUUUGAUCCGAUCUUAAAGUGACCGACCAACUUUUUUUUAUAAUAUUUCUAAAAUAUGUGGUGUUUAAAGUGUUACAUUCUGAUGAUAUAUGUUGUGGUAUUGUCUUCUACCGAAGUGGUUUCCGCCUUUGAAGUUAUUAAGGAAGAUGAAGAUACAGAAAGAAUAUCCGUUGGUGCCGUUUUGGGUGAACGAGCUACCCUUCCUUGCGACAUUGAACCGGAGGUCAAAGAUGAUCGGCCGUAUAUGGUCCUGUGGUACCGUGACCGAGACAACAAACCAAUUUACAGCUUCGACGUGAGAGGUCGCGCGUUCAGAGAGGCGCUACAUUGGUCCGAUCCAAUGAUGUUCGGCCCGAGAGCUUUCUUCCUGACGGAGGCUAAGCCGGCAGCCUUAACUUUGGACGGUGUGACGCUCGAUGACGAGGGUCUCUACCGUUGUCGGGUGGAUUUUCGGACGACGCCGACGCGCAAUUUCGCUAUCAAUCUCACAGUUAUUGUUCCACCCCACCAAAUUUUGAUUUACGAUAAUUCUGGACGGGACGUUGCUGGUGAAAUUGGUCCUCUGGAGGAAGGGUCAGAUCUGGUGCUGACCUGCGAAGUUAGGGGAGGUCGUCCUCCACCAGCUGUAAACUGGUUCGUCAACGAUCAGAUACGAAAAGGACAUUUCGAAGCCAUCGGCAACAACGUGAUGAUUAAUCGUCUGGAAAUGCGGCAAGUCAAAAGGGAAGAUCUCAAUUCCACCUUCAGAUGCCAGGCCAGCAAUACCAAGCUCGUCAUGCCUGCCGAAAAAACCGUUCAGCUAGAUAUGUUGCUCCGACCUCUGAGCACUUCUAUCAUAAACAAACCGGCCAUCCUUCUUUCCGAUCAAACGUAUAACUUUACUUGCGAAGUGAAGGGAUCCAGACCGCCAGCCAUCAUAUCAUGGGUGAAAGAGAACAGAAAAUUUAGGAGGGGCAAGUUUUCUGACGACAAAAAUGAGACCGUCGUAUCAAGCACGGUUACGUUUGCACCUGUUCCAGAAGAUGACGGAACUUUUCUCAAGUGUUUAGGAGAUAAUCCGAGUUUACCUGGUGUAACAAUGGAAGACUCCUUCAAACUCAACGUCAUAUAUCCGCCGCAAGUGUCGCUAAACCUUGGCAGCACCUUGAACCCGGAGGACAUCAAGGAAGGCGACGAUGUCUAUUUCGAAUGCAGCAUCCGUGCGAACCCUAAGGAGCACAAGAUAACCUGGUUCCAUGACGAGAACGUUGUGGUCCAGAACAUGUCGUCGGGUGUGAUUAUCAGCGCUCACAGUUUGGUGUUGCAACGUGUUACUAGAUGGCAGGGCGGCGCUUACACCUGUCUCGCUGCCAACAAUCGGGGAGAGAGCAGGAGCAAACCCGUUAUCCUGAGGGUGCGAUAUGCUCCGGUGUGUCAGGACUCAGAAGUGACCGUUAUUGGUGCGUCAUUGGACGAAGUAAUCCGUGUGCGGUGCCGUGUGUCAGCGGAUCCUAGCGACGUCACCUUUGACUGGCAGUUUAGCAACAGUGGCGAAAGUUUUGACGUGUCUCCAGCACGUUUUGCAACCACAAGCAGCAACGUGAGCGAGCUCAUGUACACGCCAGCUUCUCAAAAGGACUACGGAACCCUCACCUGUCUCGGCAGGAAUUCUAUCGGGAAACAGGCGAAGCCUUGCGUCUUCCAAGUCAUUCCGGCAUCAAAGCCCAGUCCCUUGAGCAACUGCACCCUCCAAGGGGCCGCCAAUGACAGCUCACGUCUGUUAGACAUCGAAUGUCGCCCCGGAUAUGACGGAGGCUUGCCCCAAACCUUCGUCCUCGAGGCGUACGACUCCCGCACCAUGACGUUGCGAUUCAACCUCAGCUCCAACGACCCCGACAGUCCCUUCUUCCGUGUUCAGCUGGACGAGGUGCUCGACGUGAAGCAGGGAAUGCCACCGUCCCUUCGUAUAUUCGUCUACGCCCAAAACUUGAAGGGACGCAGCGACAAAGUCGUCCUAGAAGACAUUACCCUUAACGAUCCCGAAAAAAGAACCGAUGACUAUGGUGGUUUAAAUAUUUUACCAUUAGCUGCAUUGUUAACCGGUUCACUCUUAACACUAUGCCUCGCUGUACUUCUAGUAGUAGUUUUGGCAAUUAGAAAGAGCAGACACAAACACUGUCCCAUGGCCCAUUGUACUCAUGGUGCUGACUUAUCGGCCAAACAACCCAAAGUGCUGACACCACAAGCUUCUAGGUCUAAUUCCAUGUUAGAAAUCAACACAGGGGACCAACGUUAUGUGGUAGCAUAUACACUUAAGCCCACCACGAAUAGCAUUAACCAGGAUCAACCCAUUACAAAUUCCAUAGUGAUUGGCCCUGAACAUCAACCAGAUAUUCUUAAUGCCCCUAGAGGGACAGAUGUUACGCCAGUAGGGGAGCCGGGGAGGCUGUUUCCAAGGCCGGAUAGUCUCUUCGCUUCUCCAAACGAUGCACCAUUUGCCAAGUUUAAUCACAAGGACAUGUCGAUAGUGAAUCCCGAAUUGUAUGGGAAUCAUGGGACUGCGACCCUGGGACGGUCGUGGCCCCGUCCGAAGGAAAAUUCAUUUUCCACGAUACGAAGAGACCAUAUUUUAACGGACUCCAUACCAGGACCAGAAAGUUGCGUGUAAAUUUAAACUCGUCAUGUUGUGAUAGAUGUGCAAAAUAAAAAAAGACAGUUGUAUCAAAUUAAAUGAGUAAUAAUUAAGAAACUUUAACUGAUGAUGUUUAUACUUGGGCAAACUAAAGAGCUUAAAUCAAGUGUUACAUGAAACUAAUAAAUGUGGGACAGUGAUGUAAAAAAAA